AUGCGCGCCGCCAUCCUCGCCGCAUGCUGCGCGACGGCCCACGCCCUGUCGGCGACGCAGCAGAAGACGAUCCAGCGGCGCCAGCUCGGGUCCAGCGACCUCGUCGUCAGCGACGUGUGCCUGGGCACGAUGACCUGGGGCAAGCAGAACACGCUCGAGGAGGGCGUGUCCCAGCUGAACAUGGCCUUCGACGACUACGGCAUCAACUUCCUGGACACGGCGGAGAUGUACCCCGUGCCGACGGAGGCCGAGACGCAGGGCGCGACCGACAAGACCAUCGGCGAGUGGCUGCGGCGCCGCGGCAAGCGCGACGACGUCGUCCUCGCGUCCAAGAUCUGCGGCGCGUCGGAGCGCAUCACGUGGGUCCGCGACGACGGCCGCGGCACGCGCGUGACGAAGCGGGACAUGGAGGAGGGCGUCGACGCGUCGCUCAAGCGGCUCGGCACGGACUACGUGGACCUGCUCCAGAUCCACUGGCCGGACCGCUACGUGCCCAUCUUCGGCGCCGACGCCUACGACGCGUCGAACGAGCGCGAGUACGUGAGCUUCCUCGAGCAGCUGGAGGCGAUGAAGGACCUGCGCGACGCGGGCAAGGUCCGCCACUUCGGCGUGAGCAACGAGACGCCCUACGGCGUGUGCCAGUUCGCCGCGGAGGCGGCGAAGGACGGCGACCUCCCCGAGAUCUGCUCCAUCCAGAACAGCUACUCGCUGCUCGUGCGCUCCGACUUCGAGAACGGCCUCACGGAGGCGUGCUCCAUGACGGACGUCGGCCUCCUCGCGUACUCGCCCCUCGCGGGCGGCAUCCUCUCGGGCAAGUACAGCGGCGACGAGCCGCCGCCGGGCGCGCGCCUCAACCUCUUCCCGGGCUUCAUGCCCCGCUACAAGCAGUCGCUCGCCAAGGAGGCCGUCAACGAGUACGAAAAGGUCGCGGCCGCCUUCGGCCUCUCGCCCGCGCAGCUCGCGCUCAAGUGGUGCUACACGCGGCCCCACGUGGCGUCGACGAUCAUCGGCGCGACGUCCCUCGCCCAGCUCCGGGAGAACGUCGACGCCUACUUCCUCGACGCGCUCCCCGAGGACUGCGAGGCCGCCGUCGCCGACAUCUACCGCCGCUACCGCGACCCGUCGAAGACGUGA